AAGAGAAUUUUUUUCCUUCUCUAUAAAAUUACAUUAUUAUAAUAUAAUAAUUGAUUUUUGUUGUGAUAAAAAAGAGGAUGAAUAUUAAAUUGAUUUUAUCUGCAUUCCUCGUUGGAGGAUUAAUUUUAUUAAAUGAACAAGUCAAUGUUAAUGCUUUUCCUACAUCCCCAUUACGAGCACGCCAAGAUCCAGGUGUGGGGGGAACAUGGAAAGUUGUUGGAAAAUCCGGUGUCAAUGCCAUGCAUGCCGUCUUAGUGUCUCCAAGAAAAGUUGUAUUCAUAGACAAACUUGAAGAAAAUGCGUUGAAGAGACCGGAUGGUGCUGCUGCAAUAUCAUCAGAAUAUGAUUUAGAUACAAAUGAGGUUAAACCGCUCGGAAUUUACACAAAUACGUUUUGUUCGGCAGGAUCAUGGUUAGGAAAUGGAACUUUAGUUGAAGUGGGGGGUGAUGUUGGUGGUGAUAAUUAUCGUAUUGGUAUACAAACGCUUCGUUUAUAUGAUACUGCCGUUGGAGAUUGGGUUGAAUUAGAAGGAAUUGUUCCAUCUAAUAGAUGGUAUCCAGCCAUGUUGACCUUACCUAACGGUAAUGUAAUGGUCUUAGGAGGUUCAACCGCAGGCACAGGUAAAAGUAAACCGGAAAUAAAUAAUCCAACUUACAUGAUCUAUCCACCUCCAAGUGGAACAUUGGUAGACGUGCCAUUAGACUUUUUAACUACCACAUUACCAUAUAAUCUUUAUCCAAUGGUACAUAUAAUUCCAAAUGCUGACGGAAAAACGCUUCUUUUCAUGUUUGCUAAUCAAAUGGGAAUAAGUUAUGAUCUUGAUGCUGGUAAAACUGUUACAAACUAUCCAAAUAUUCCUGGUGGUGUCAUUCGCUCAUAUCCAUUAACUGCCAGUUCUGUAAUGUUACCACUUUCACCUACGGAUAAUUAUAAUCCAACGAUCAUGAUUUGUGGUGGUAGUAAAACUUUUGAAAUUACAGCACCAGCUGAAGCUUCUUGUGGAAGGUUAGAAUUAUCUACUGCGAAUGCUGCAUGGGAAAUGGAUAAUUUCGGUGGUCAAGGACGUAUUAUGCCUGAUUCUACCAUUUUAGUAGAUGGAUCCAUAUUAUUCGUCAAUGGUGCUGCGACUGGCAUGGCUGGUUUUCGCAAAGGUGCAGGCAUAACCGCUAUAUUUGUUAACGAAGAUCCCGUCCUUACCCCAUUUCGUUAUGAUCCAUUUGCUAAAACGUAUACUACUCUUGCUCCAUCCACUAUACCAAGAAUGUAUCAUUCUAUUUCUACUUUGGUACCUGAUGGUACUGUGCUUAUCGCUGGAAGUAAUCCACAACCUAAAGUCGAUCUUAAUGAAAAAUAUCCAACUGAAUACCGCGUUGAAAUUUUCUCUCCCCCUUAUCUUUUUACACAAAGUUCUCGGCCAGUUAUUAUUUCUCUUCAAUCUACUCAAAUUGAUAAUAACAGAAUUAAUGUAAAUUAUGGACAAGAAGUUACUAUGGUAGUACAAAUUAAACCUGAUGGUACCACUCCAAGUUUAAAAGCUUCAAUUAUACAUCAUGGUUUCAUCACACAUUCACAAAAUUUCAGUCAGCGAUAUGUUUAUCUUGAAAUUACAGAAAUGGCGGCUGAUCAAACAACAGCUGAUCAAUAUAUUGUAAAACUUAAAUUACCUCCAAAUCCUACAAUAAUUGCUCCUGGUCCUUCUUACAUAUACGUUUUCAAUAAUGAUUCUCCUCCUCAAACUGGUGUUCCAGUUUUACUUUCUCAAGCAGCAGCAGCUUAAAAUAAAAAAUUAAAAGGAUAUUUGAAGGAAAAAAGGAAUUUUGAUCGCAUAAAAAAGAAGACAUUUUUCAUAUAGAUACAAAUGCCCAUGUUACAUGAAUUAAAUAGCAUAUAAUAGUUAUAAUGAAAUAUUAUUUUUAGACAUAAUUUAAUAAAAUAUAUUAGAGAUGUAUCAAUAAUAUAAAUAAACAACGUUUAAUAAUACUGUAUCACGUUAAUUUAUAUUGCAGACCUGUAAUCCGUUUUAUAUAUUCCGUCUUUUUUCCGUAAAAGACUCAUGUUUCCGGAAUUAAUAA